AGAGUAGUCUGGGCGCGGAGACGGAACUGAAACCAUGCAAACACGAGCCGAAACUCGGAUUGCAGACUCGCCGUUCGCUUGAUAAUGGGUGUCGGAUGGCAAUGUCCGCGCUCAGGCGCUCUGCCUAAACGUACAACGCCGGGCUCUCAGUGCGUUCCGGAAGCGCCGUCAUAUUACGGCUAUCCUGAGAAAACCUUUGCUUUGGUAGUGACUAAUUAACUUACGCCGGCUUAUCUUCAAAGUUUUUGGGGGGCAAAUGGUAUAGUUUAUGUGAUAGAGGCUUGCUCAAAUCUUAAUGUUAGUCUGGCGUUUGGUGACUGCGUCACGGCAACGUCAAGAUGGAUUCGGUGUGCGGCUUGAAGAAAGUGGUCCAGAUCGUCGCUUGCCUCCAACUACUUUUUGCAGGUGGUACCGAGGGGACGACUGCCACGGAGGCGAUUCGAGUCCCGGUGGUACCGGGGACAACGCCCUGCCCUUACAACGAGGAGGAGAUCUUGACGUUGGACGUACGUCCUCGCUCAGCCGAAAACAGGUUCAGCCUAUUUGACAGCUUCUCAGGUUGUCGGCUUCCGCCCGCCCCGCGCAAUGGUUUUGCGGUUGUGAGGAGAAAUACAAAUCGACUCGAGUUUUACUGCAACCGCGGCUUCAACAUCACGUCGACGGAACCCAUGAGGUGCUUAAAUGUGGCGUGGACCUGGAAGCCGCCCAGAUGUCUCAACGGCACAGAAUUGGAAGACUCUCCUCAAGAUGGCAUUCCACUGUGGAGGCUAGCGCGUGGUAGCCCCUGUGGAAACAACUAUGGCGAUUGCGCACAACUCUGCAUCUAUGGUUCUCAACACUAUUGUUGCGGAUGCCAGAGCGGUUAUCUUGCUAACGGAACAGAAUGUAUCGCGGUGACUUGCCCCCCACUGACACCGCCAGAGCACGGAUACAUUGUCGGUGAGUGCGUGACGACGUACCGGGGCAAGUGCGUGUUCGAGUGCGAUGAAGGAUUCGAACUUACGGCCCAAGGAAGCGAAAUCCGAACCUGCCAAGUAAAUGGAACCUGGUCCGGGGUCACAUCCCAAUGUGUCGUCAAACGGUGUGGUGAGCCCCCCACUCCUGUUAAUGGGUACGUGAGGGAUUGCCAGGAAGAUCGUGCCGUCGGGACCUCCUGCACCAUCUGCUGCAUCGAGGGAUAUCGACUGGUCGGAGAAAGUACCACCGUCUGCACGAGCUCAAAGACGUGGACGGUAGCAGAGCCCAUAUGCAAUCUUGUGCAGUGUCCUUCGCCAGCGUCCCUAACCCGCACUGCAAGAUUACUUGAAGAUGGACUUAACCGGACCUACGUCUACAAGGACACGUUCUGGCCAAGGUGUCCGAGCGGCUUUCGGUUGCGAGGACCCCAGCUUAUACUGUGCGGAGCAAACGGACACUGGGAGGCCGUCUUUGGACAGUCUACUCUGUUCAACUGCGUGGACAAUGAAGAGCCCGUGAUUCGGUGCCCUGCCAACAUAACCCAGUCCGUUCGUGCUGGGAGGAGGGGUGCCAUUGUCAUGUGGAAACAGCCAGAGGCAAGAGACAACAGCGGAGUGCUACCCGAAAUCCAGCAGGACCCCGAGAACAUCGUGUCCCCAUGGAGGUUCCCGAUCGGCCAGACGGCGAUUCGCUUCAGGGCUACCGACGCUGCUCGGUUGUCGACCGAGUGCACGUUCACCGUGACUGUAGUGCGGGAGUAGAGAGUUGUAGGGAACCGUCUUUGCACAUUCGAUAGGGUACGAUGGGCCUUCCGGCACAAAAUGCGCAGCUUGUGCGGGAGGGCGCAUCGGACCAUAUCGGCUGUGCAAAAACGGCUCCCUAAAAAACCCUAGUAUGUUGUACGAGGAACGCAGAUUACACAUUAAAAUUACGGUGUCUGGAA